AUGGCUUGUCUGGGGCUGGGACUGGCACUGGGCCUGGGUCUGGGUCUGCGAAUGGGGCUAGAGCUGGGCCUGGGGCUGGGGCUUGUCUGGGCCUGGGGCUUGUCUGGGGCUGGGGUUGGGGCUGGUCCAAUGGCUUGUCUGGGGCUGGGGGUGGAACUGGGCCUGGGAGUGGGGCUAGAGCAGGAGCUGGCUUGGGCCUGUCCUGGUGCAAUGGCUGGAACUGGGCCAGGGCAUGAGUUGUGGCUAGGGCCUAGGCCUCAAACUGUGAGCAGCUUCGACCAUCAGUCGGACAAGGAACGUGCCAGCGGCCUGUGGAUUCAGGCUUCGGAUCAGGCACAGAGUUUACCACAUACGACUGAGAGCAGUUUAACACAACACGCUGAGCGACUGUGUUCUCUUGUGCAGUUUGAAGAACAGGCCAUCCUGUCAAACCGUGAGGACCACACUGACCACAGGCAGUGGACACAACAGCACCUGGACGCUGCUGACCUGAGACUUCCCAGCAUGGCACCUACCCCUCCCCAGGGAGAAAUCGAGCCCGACUGCAUGGAUGUCAAUGUUAGGGGCCCAGACGGCUUCACUCCGCUCAUGAUUGCCGCCUGCAGCGGAGGCGGCCUGGAGACGGGCAACAGCGAGGAGGAAGUGGACGAUGCCUCGGGCAACCUCAUCUCCGACUUCAUCUACCAGGGUGCCAACCUGCACAACCAGACGGACCGGACGGGCGAGACUGCCCUUCACCUGGCUGCCCGCUAUGCCCGCUCCGAUGCCGCCAAGCGUCUCCUGGAAUCCAGCGCCGACGCCAACAUUCAGGACAACAUGGGCAGGACUCCACUGCACGCGGCGGUGGCUGCAGAUGCCCAGGGAGUUUUCCAGAUCCUGAUCCGGAAUCGAGCGACGGAUUUGGACGCGAGGAUGCAGGACGGCACCACGCCCCUGAUCCUUGCGGCCCGCCUGGCCGUGGAGGGAAUGGUGGAGGAGCUGGUCAACUGUCACGCUGACGUCAAUGCAGUGGAUGACUUUGGGAAGUCGGCUCUACACUGGGCAGCCGCUGUCAACAACGUGGAGGCCACGAUGGUCCUGCUGAAAAACGGAGCCAACAAGGACAUGCAGGAUAACAAGGAGGAAACGCCGCUCUUCCUGGCAGCUCGGGAGGGCAGCUAUGAGACGGGCAAGCUCCUGCUGGAGCACUUUGCCAACCGCGAGAUCACGGACCACAUGGACCGCCUGCCCCGCGACAUCGCUCAGGACCGCAUGCACCACGACAUCGUCAGGCUGCUGGACGAGUACAACCUGGUGCGGAGCCCACAGAUGCAGAUGGGUGCCAACGCCACCAGCCUCUCCCCGCCCAUCUGCUCGCCCAACGGGUACCUGGGCAGUGGCAAGCCAGCCGGCCACGGCAAAAAGUCGCGCAAGACCAGCGCCAAGGGUGCCAACGGCAAAGAGUCCAAAGAAGCCAAGGUGAAGAGGAAGAAGUCCCAGGAUGGGAAGGGCAGCCUUGUGGACAGCUCCUCGGUCCUGUCUCCUGUCGAUUCCAUGGAGUCCUCCCACACCUACCUGUCCGACGUGGCCUCUCCCCCCCUGCUGACGCCGCCCUACCAGCAGUCGCCCUCCAUCCAACUCAACCAUCUGCAAGGGUUGGCAGUGGACGGGCACAUCAGCCUAAGCCACCUGGGCAUGGGCGGGAAGCAGGAGGCACUGGGAGGGACCAACAGGAUGGUCUUUGAAUCGGUGGCUCCUCGCCUCUCCCACCUGCCCAGCUCCAAUGGGCAACCCAUGAGCAACGCUUCGAUGGCCAUGAACCUAGGUGGGGCUGGCGGCAUGAACGGCCAGUGCGAUUGGCUGGCGCAGAUGCAGUCGGGGAUGGUCCAGAACCCAUACAACGCCAUGAGGAACCAGGUUCAAGCCCACGCCAGGGGACUGCAGCAGAGUCAGCACGGGAUGAUCACCUCUCUACACAACGGGCUGCCCAACACCUCCUUGUCACAGAUCGUCAGCUACCAAGGCCUGGCCAACACCGCCGCCCUGUCGCAGUCGCACCUCAUGCAGCAACCGCCCCAGGGCGUGUCAGUCCUCAACGUCAUGCCCAACGGCAACCCGCACCCCAUGGGCCAAAGCUACUGCGGGGCUGACCCCAGGCAGGCCGACCUGCCCCAGAUGGGAGGCAACGGCCUCCAGGUCCACGCCAUCUCCGCCCAGGACACGCAGCUCCUCCAGACCUCGCUGCCCACCUCCAUCAGCCAGUCGAUGGCCACCACCCAGUUCUUGACUCCCCCGUCCCAGCACGGCUACUCCUCCCCCAUGGACAACACGCCCAGCCACCAGCUGCACCUGGCUGACCACCCCUUCCUCACCCCCUCGCCCGAGUCUCCCGACCAGUGGUCCAGCUCCUCCCCUCACUCCAACAUGUCCGACUGGUCUGAGGGCAUCUCCAGUCCCCCGACGAGCAUGCACUCCCAGAAGGCGCUUCUCUCUGAUCAGGUCUUCAAGUGAAAGCUUGCCACCCUCCUCCCACACAAACCCUGGUGCUCACCUCCCCCCUGGGUCCAUGCAACUCAGCGACACAAAGGGGGAAAGCAGUUGAGCAGAAGAUCAACAGCGGGAACCCAUCCACUGGACUUUCAAUGAACUAUCAGUGGAGUUUGUGUUCACCAUCCGAUUUUAAGCAAACAAGCAAGGGGUGGAGUUUUGUUCUGUGUUUUCCUUUAAUUUAUUUAUGUACUUUACAUUUUUACUGUUUUUAUUUUAUUUAAUACAUUAUUGUUGUUUUCAUUAUGUUUGAGAAAUCGGCGGUUUAUUUUAUCAAUGCUAACUCUCCGUUCAGCCCGACUGAUGGUUAGUGAAUGUGUUCCUUUUAUAGAUACCUGACACUUUUUUUUAAAAACAGAAAGAAUAGAUAGCUGGCUUUUGUGUCGAUGUAUUUUUAGCCGACUGAUCCGUUGGUAAUGAUAAAUGUAUACAAAUAGUAUGACUUAUAUUUAUAUAUGAGUUCUGAAUCUUUGAAGAGUCAACGUGAAGAACGUGUGCACAGUGCAUGUCUGGAGACUCUCGCCUCCCCCGACAACAGGCCAAUGGACAGUGCUGGUUCCCUGGCACGAACACGCCCUGGCAAACCCGACCCACGUCACUCACUGGCACACCGGGUCUCUCUCGCACACACGUUCACAGCUGUCCGCACACUCGCAGGCUGCCUCCUUCACUCCGUCAGCGCACACUCGUUCACACACUGGUGUGCACUCACACCCACAUCCAAGUGUGUCUUGAUGGGGGAGGGAGGGGUCAGGUCCGUCCACCCGGGCACCUGAUGCCGUGAACUCCAGAGGCCACAGCACGGCAGACGCCACGUGUUGAACCAGCGACAGCUCCCUUCGUGCGUUGAGUUUUCAGUAUUACCGGGAGGGGGGGGGGGGGGGGGGGGGGGGGGCAUCAUUUUGAUUGUUUUCUGAUUACUCUCAUCCCGUACUUGUCAUCUCCCUCCUGAAAACAGAUCCAGGACACUGAACACUGGUUACCGGGAGAGUUGAUUUCAGUUUCUGUUCUUUGUGAUCAUGUUGUGCAAAAGUUUUGUUUUUCUGAUUUAUUUCAAUAAUGACACUAUGUUUAAAGCUAAAAAAUGACAAUUAAAUUAUUCUGGACGGGGGAGGGGGGUUGCAAGGUGAGGAUCAGAAGGUGCUGUGAGUGAAUGGGUGACAUUUUAUUCUGUUCCCUCACCCCUGCUGGGUUCCCCCCCUUUCCCUCCCUCGACCGCCUCAUGACAUGGUUGACGUUUCACUGCUGCAGAGCUGAUUAUGAUGGUGGUAUGAACCUGUCAUGAUGAUUUAGGACCAGAGCGGACCAGGGGGCAGCUGCCUGAGGCAGGUGGGAAGCUCCCCUGGUUCCGGAGAGUGAGAGGGGCCCCAGCUCCACUAAAACGCCACAGGAAAGAGGGGGUGCUGAGAGUCGCCUGCCUCUGUAUCAGACCUGUGGGGAUUACCUUUAAAAGGAGAUUGUGUAAAAGGAUUAUUCCACUGUUCAAGCGAAAGCACCAUUUCUGUAAACCUUGUAAAUAAACAGUGUUUAAUAAAAGAUUUUGUUUCAGAAAUCUGUGCAAUGUGAGACAUUAAACGUGUCCUGGCCAUGUGAUACAGUGUUUUAUAGCCUUCAAGUAAAACCCAUGUAAAACCCUCUGGAAAUUAUAAUAUAAUAACCAGCCAGAAGGGCCUAGUUUGAAAAGAUGGUGUAUUUUCUGUUAACUGCCUUUUGUAAACUGUACUUAUAACAAUAAAUGUGCCAAGGGCAUCUAGAACUGCGUAA